AUGGAAGUUUCUGUGUCACUCAUAAAUUUGACAAUCACCACUUAUCUGAUAUUUCAAGGACUUGCGCCCUCUUUCAUCGGCAGUUUUUCUGAUAUCCAUGGACGACGUCCUGCAUAUAUCAUCGCAUUCGUCAUCUAUCUGGCAGCAAACAUUGGCCUUGCUCUGCAGAACAACUAUACGGCUUUGAUGAUACUACGUUGCGUGCAGUCCUCAGGUAGCAGUGGGACUAUUUCAUUGGCCAGCGCUGUUGUGGCUGAUCUUUCGACGCGCGCCGAGCGUGGAAAGUAUGUUGGAUACGCUGGUAUCGGAAUUGCACUUGGUCCCACGCUAGGCCCUGUCAUUGGCGGGCUCUUGGACCAUUUUCUAGGGUGGAGAUCCAUAUUUUGGUUUUUGGUCAUCUUAUCAGCAGUGUGCUUUGCAGUAAUACUCUUUGUUUUCCCUGAAACAUGUCGAGCUGUUGUAGGGAAUGGUUCGGUGCCACCAGCCUCAUGGAACCGCCCGCUAUGGACUUUGUUUGCUCGAACCUCGCGAUUUGACGACGAAAGCAGAACUGCUGAUUUCACCACAAUCCAAGAGCUAAGGCGCCGGCCCAACCCGAUCUCAGCUCUCCUGAUUGCAACACAGAAAGAGAUGGGAUUGGUUCUACUCUACGGAUCCUUUUUAUAUGCAGGCUACAUGGCCGUUAUCAGCACCCUGUCAACUGAGUUGGCCAGUCGAUUUGGAUUCAACUCCGUUCAAGUUGGGCUCUGCUAUCUUCCUAUGGGUGUUGGCAGCAUCAGCUCGCGCUGGAUAGUUGGUCGAUUGUUAGACUGGAACUUUCGCCGUGAGGCGCACUUGCAAGGAAUGAUCAUCCAGAAGAAUCGACAGCAAAAUAUUGAAACCUUUAACAUUGAACGAGCGCGUCUGGCAAUAACUCUUCCACUGAUCUACAUUAGUAGCCUUUGCAUCUUGGCUUAUGGCUGGGUCAUGCAGUAUCGUACUCCAUUGGCUGGACCACUGGUGAUGUUGUUUUUCACUGGUCUGACGACUACAGGUGCUUUCAACACGUUAAGCACUUUGGUCGUUGAUAUCAAUUAUCAAAGUGCUGCCACUGCAACGGCAGCGAACAACUUGUUCCGAUGCCUGAUGGGUGCUGGAGCUACGGCAAUUGCUUCACCCCUCAUCAAAGCCAUCGGCAUUGGAUGGACAGCCACUUUUAUUGCCGGUAUUUGGGUGCUGGGUAGUUCUGCCCUAUGGACUGUGUUUUACCUGGGAUAUAGCUGGAGACAAGCACUGACCCACCGCAACUAG